GGUCGCUUGCGAAUUCAUUGCAGCAAUGGCGACAGCUCUUGCCAGAAUCGUCGCUAGAUAUUUCCUUGUUGAAACUUGCAGCCUCCAAACUAAAGGUGUUGUAUCCAGAGCAGCCACGGCAAGGCAAAAUUUCACCACGCCGGCUCACCUCGCAAGCUGCAGAGAUGCUUCUUAUCUUGAUCGCCGUGCUCGCUUCGGCGUGGCCCGCGGCGGCAUCGGCAUCGCAACCACCGAGCGGAACAUGCCAGCGGCGGUGCGGCGACGUGGACAUCCCGUACCCGUUCGGCAUCGGCCGCGGCUGCUACCUCUACACGGGCGAGAACGACGUGACCUUCGGGCUCACCUGCAACCUCACCGCCGACGGCACCUACAGGCCCUUCUGCUUCGAGGUCGAGGUCCUGGGCGUGUCCGUGGCCCGCGGGCAGGCGCGCGUCCGCAACGAGAUCAACCCGUGGUGCUACAACGCCACGUCCCGGUCCAUGGACGGGCUGAGCAGCAUGUGGACAGACUUCUCCGACUCGUCCUUCAUGCUGUCCGACGAGGACAACCGGUUCACCGUGGUCGGGUGCAACUCGCUCGCCUACGUGAGCUCCAAGGACGCGUCCCAGUUCGCGACGGGCUCCACGUACAUGACCGGGUGCAUGGCCACGUGCCCGGGCGCCGGCCGGCUGGAGAACGGCUCCUGCUCCGGCAUGGGCUGCUGCCAGGCGGCCAUCCCCAGGGGGAUCAACUCGUACGACGUGGUGUUUGAGGAGAAGUUCAACACCACCGCGAUCGCCAACUUCAGCCGGUGCAGCUACGCGGUCCUGGUCGAGGCGGCGUGGUUCGACUUCCGCACCACCUACGUCACUGCCGGCGACUUCAUGGCGUCCACCGGCGGGAAGGUGCCGCUGGUGCUCGACUGGGUGGUAGGGAAGGUGACGUGCCGGGAGGCGAUGCGGAACACCACGGCCUACGCCUGCGUCAGCAGCAACAGCGGGUGCGUGGAUUCGAGAAACGGCCCGGGAUAUCUCUGCAACUGCUCUCGUGGGUACCAAGGCAACCCAUACCUGCAAGGCGGCUGCCGAGAUAUUGACGAGUGCGGCGAUGGUGGAAUCAAGUACCCGUGCUCUGUUCCUGGUACCUGCAUCAACACUCCGGGAGGAUUCAGGUGCGCUUGCCCUGACAAGACAAGAGGCAACGCUUACACUGGCACAUGCGAGGCGAAGAAAUCUCAACUUGGAGCCCACAUUGCAAUUGGUGUUAGCAUCAGCGUAGUUGUACUGGUAAUUAGCAUGUCCUGUGCCUACCUGAUCCACGAAAGGAGGAGCCUUGCCACCGUAAAGAGGAGGUACUUCAAGCAGCACGGAGGCCUCAUGCUCUUCGAGGAGAUGAAGUCAAAGCAAGGAGUGUCCUUCACGCUGUUCACCAAGGAAGAGCUAGAGGAGGCAACCGGCAGAUUCGACGAGCGAAAUGUGAUCGGGAAGGGAGGCAACGGCACCGUCUACAAGGGCACUCUCAAGGACAGCCGAGCAGUGGCCAUAAAGCGGUGCAAGCUCAUCAACGACAGGCAGAAGAAGGAGUUCGGGAAGGAGAUGCUCAUCCUGUCCCAGAUCAACCACCGGAACGUCGUCAGGCUCUACGGCUGCUGCCUCGAGGUGGAGGUCCCCAUGCUCGUCUACGAGUUCGUCCCCAACGGCACCCUGUACCAGCUCAUCCACCGCCCCGGAGCGCGCGUCCCCCUGGCGACGCGCCUCAAGAUCGCGCACGAGGGCGCCGAGGCGCUCGCCUACCUGCACUCCUGGGCCUCGCCGCCGAUCAUCCACGGCGACGUGAAGUCGCCCAACAUGCUCAUCGACGACGGCCACACCGUCAAGGUCUCCGACUUCGGGGCUUCCACGCUGGCCCCGACGGACGAGGCCCAGUUCGUGACGUUUGUCCAGGGGACCUGCGGCUACCUCGACCCGGAGUACAUGCAGACAUGCAAGCUGACGGACAAGAGCGACGUGUACAGCUUCGGCGUCGUCCUCCUGGAGCUGCUCACCCGGAGGAAGGCGCUCAACCUUCAGGCCGCCGAGGGCGAGGAGAAGAACCUCUCGUCGCACUUCCUUCUCGCUGCAAGCGCGAGCAAGCUGGACGAGAUAGUGGACGCCCAGAUCGUGGACGAGCAGAGCAUCGAGGUGAUUGAGCAGGUGGCGGAGAUAGCAAAGCAAUGCCUGGAGAUGGCCAGCGAGAAGAGACCCUCCAUGCGCGAGGUUGCAGAAGAGCUUGGCAGGCUAAGGAGGCUUCUGCUUGCGCAGCAUCCAUGGCGCCAAAAGAGUUCCGAGGAGAUGGAAGCCUUGCUUACUGUUGGGUCGCCAACGCCAACAAGCACCUGCUCCGAGAUUGAGCCUAGCAAUGCGUAUGUCAGCUUGGACGAUUCUGCGUACCUGGGAGUGCAAUCCCCACGGUGAUACCAUUUUUCCUUGCUUCCGGCCGGUACCGGCCGACCCUGCGUCGAGUUUUGUCAACAUACUGCGAACUGUCGUGUGCUUGCGUAUGCACGUUUUGUAACGAAAAAUGAUCAUGUACCCACAUGAUGUCUGUGCACGUUUACUAGUAGGAUUUUUAGAUGAACGUGCCCUAGCAUUCUUUUGCAUAAGGUCUAGUAAGAUUUUAGUGUGAGCACUUGUGCUUGUGUAGUCCCAA